CAACAAGUUAUCUCCACGCGUCUUGUGAACCGGUCGACCGAUCAGUUCAUCUGUAACCGUUCGCCGAUUGUGACUCGUUUGGAUUUGGCGUCUUAAUCUUCGCGUUGUGAAAUAAACACAAGAUCAUCUCAAACAACAUCAAAAUGGCAAAACUUAUGGUAGUUGCCCUGGCCCUUGCGCUGUGCGUCGUGCUUGUGAGUGCUUCUGGCGAUGAGUGUCCACUCGCGUCCAAAGUUGGCUCCUGCUCACCGACCUGCCUGACCGAUCGGGACUGUGCCGACAUCGGUGGCAAGUGUUGCUCCAACGCCUGCAAUCGCAAAUCCUGCGUCGAGCGAAGCAAACUGAAGCAGGGCAGCAACAAGUUUGACGAGAUUGACCGUUUAGGGGCAGAUUACUAAAAAUAUCACACUGUCUAUUGGUAUUUGGAAUUAUGUUUUCUUCUCUUCUUUACACACUCGUUCUAUUGUGUUUUUCAAUAUAUCUAAAGAUUGGCACUUCAGUUCAGGGCUGCUCAUUAAUCACGGUCCUCUCCGUUAUGGUUAUCUUGCAUGUUUUUUUUCAUUACUAU